GACUGGAAGAAAAAGCAGCACAUAACCCGCGCCGUCUCCCUCGUCCAGCACAAAACCGCCCCCACCACGCUCCUCAUAAAAAAGGUCCUCGCCCACUCCCCCAAGACCUCGCGCUCGCCGUUCCCCGCAGAAAUCCGGGCCCUGAACCUCCUCCCGCGCUGCAACCGCGUGCUGAUACACACUUUCUACGCCCCGUCCACCCCCGAUACCGCGCACGGCACGGCGUUCUAUGCGUACUGUCCGCUGGGCGACGUGAUGGCGUGGAAAGAAACGCACUUCGACGAUAGGAACAAGCCCGUGCCAGAAAGUCACAUAUGGCGGUUCUUCCUACAAAUAAGCCAAGCGCUUGCGUUUCUGCAGUGUGCGCUCGGCCCAGCGACGGCGACGAGGGAGGUGCUGCUACAUCGCGACAUCAAGCCUGAAAACGUGCUAGUCGUGCACAACGGGACGGCGUAUCCGUCGUUCAAGCUGCACGACUUUGACUGCAUGAAAAUUGUGAAGCGAACGGGGAAGACAAGGCGGACGAGUAUUUGCGGCACGUUCGAGUGGCAGGGGCCUGAGAAUCCGCGGAUUAAUAAUACGGCGGCGGAGGUCUGGGCGGUGGGGGCUUGUGUGUAUUUCCUGGCUGUUGGGGAGCCGCCGGUUGGGGAUGUGGAUGCGUAUGGGGAGAUGAGGCGGAGGCGGAUGGGGAAGAAGGGGCUGCCGAAGGGGGCGAGGGUUUAUCCGAGUCCGGAGCAUUACUUUGCUGCGAGGGUGCCGAGGAGGGUUGUGCGGAUUAAUCUUUCUAGGGAGGAGCAGGAGGAGCGGGGGAUUAGUUCGUUGAAUCAUCGGUAUGGCGAUGAGCUUAAUGACUGGAUGAUGCGGUGUCUUUCUCACAAACCAGACGAGCGGCCAACUACGGAAAAGUUGGUGGACGAGAUGGGUCCUGUGGCGCGAGGUAUGUUGGAGAAGUUGGGUGGUAAGGCAGCUUUGGUGGAUAUGGACGUGACGUUU